AUGGGCUGGGGAGCUCCAAAACAAGCAUGGAAGAAAGGUCCAUGGAGUCCAGAGGAAGAUAAGCUCUUGACUGAAUAUGUCAACUUUCAUGGUGAAGGAAGAUGGAGCUCAGUCUCUAAAUCCACAGGUAUAUAUAAUAGUGGGAAGAGUUGCAGGCUGAGGUGGGUGAAUUAUUCAAGGCCUGGUCUUAAGAGAGGUCAUAUUACACCUCAGGAGGAAGGGAUCAUCGCUGAAUUGCAUGCCAUUUGGGGUAACAAGUGGUCCACGAUUGCCAGAUACUUGCCAGGGAGAACCAACAAUGAGAUAAAGAACUAUUGGAUAACCCAUUUCAAGAAGAAGGAAAGGUCCUCUCAGAAGCAACAAAAAAGAAAAACACAAAUGCUAAAGCUCCAACAACAGCAGCAGCCACGGAAUAAAGAAGAGACUGCCACAGCUGGAGACGGCGUUCCACCGACUGAGCUUGAGGAUCCAUUCUUGUCUAUUAUGUCCGAAGAGUCUGCUUCUUUGUUAGAUGAGUACUUGAUGAAUGAAGGGUUAUGGUGGAACCCGCUGCAGGUGAAUCAUACUUACCAUCACCAAGCUGGUAGUUGCAACAUCCUUAUGUCGCAAUGCAAACUCAACCGGCAGCAGCUGAUUAUUCUUACGGAGGGGAGGAGGUUGGCUAGCUGUGACCGUCACCGUCACUGUCAUUAG